AUGACGCUGAGCUUGGAGCCCCAAGGGGGGCCUGGCCCCGAUCUAACCAUUGAUCUGGACAGUCUGGACAAGGAGCAGUGGGGGCCAUCCUGCGUCACCUUCCUGGACCUGGAGGACCACACCAUGGACGUCAUCUCGGUGGACUCCAACGAGCUGUCAUGUCCUUCACCCCGACUUGACAGAGAUCUUAUUGCCCAUGAAGUCAGGGUUAAGCAGAGACGCAUAGAAGACAUCUGCAUCUGCUGUGGGAGCUUCCAGGUCUCGACAGAACACCCUCUCUUUGAGGGAGGCAUGUGUGCUUCCUGUAAGAACAAGUUCCUGGAAUCCCUCUUCCUGUAUGACAAUGAUGGGUACCAGUCCUACUGCUCCAUCUGCUGCUCGGGCGAGACCCUGCUCAUCUGUGAAAACCCGGACUGCACCCGCUGCUACUGUUUCGAGUGUGUGGACACGCUGGUCAGCCCCGGGACCUCGGAGAAAGUGCAGGCCAUGAGUAAUUGGGUGUGCUUCCUGUGCCUGCCCUUCCCAAGCAACGGGCUGCUGCAUCGAAGGAAGAAAUGGCGGGAUCGCCUGAAGGCUUUCUACGACCAGGAGAUGGAGAGUCCUUUUGAAAUGUACAAGACAGUGCCUGCGUGGAAGAGAGAGCCAGUCCGGGUGCUGUCCCUUUUUGGGGACAUCCAGAAAGAGCUUGUGAGCCUGGGCUUUUUGGAAGGAGGCUCGGACCACGGGCACCUGAAGUACCUGGACGAUGUCACCAACGUCGUGAGGCGGGAUGUGGAAGAGUGGGGUCCUUUCAACCUCGUGUACGGCUCGACGCCUCCUCUUGGACACGCCGUUGAGCGGCCUCCCGGGUGGUACCUAUUCCAGUUCCACCGGGUGCUGCAGUACGCACAGAGCCAGGCCCCCCGCGGGCAGCCCUUCUUCUGGAUGUUCGUGGACAACCUGGUGCUGACCGCAGAUGACCGGAAGGUGGCUGCUCGCUUCCUGGAGAUGGAACCUGUGACCAUCCAGGAGGUCUGCGGCCAAGUCACCCAGAACGCUGUGUAUGUGUGGAGCAACAUCCCCGCCGUGAAGAGCAAGCACGCAGCGCUCACUGCUGAGAAGGAGCUGUCCCUGCUGGUUCAGGACAAGCCCAGGGCCAGGCCCCCUGCCCCGGCACCCGCCGCCCUGGUGAAGAGCUGCUUCCUCCCUCUGCGAGAAUAUUUUAAGUAUUCUUCCACUGCGCUCCCUUCCCCUCCAUAA